GCCGCCCCAGCAAGAGGUCCCGCAGCAUUCUGGAGGAAGCGGACUCGGUGCCUAGAAGACUCACUGCCUCGGCGCCUUUCUCACUGUGAUUCUGUGAUCGUCAAGCAGUGUGAAGAACAAGUACGGUAUUGAUUGCCCAGAGUGAAGAGCAAGAUGGUGCCGCAAGGAAUCGUUCUGUUUCUGCUGGUGGCGGGCGUGGCAGCUCAGGGUGCCAUUCCAGGCGUCGCCAACAGGUGUUUUGAGCCCGUGCAGACCGGCAGGUGUCGCGCCUUCAUCCCGUCCUACUACUUCGAUCCCCUGAGCGGCGCCUGCGACUGCUUCGUCUACGGUGGCUGUGGAGGCAACAACAACAGGUUCAAUACACUGGAGGAGUGCAUGGCGACAUGCAGCGUUCGCCCAGAUCUGCAGACCGCAACCGCGAACUGUGACAGGAUCCUGAACUCCGCCAGAAUACCUCCGCAGCCUGUCGUCGAGCCGCAGGAGCCGCGCCAGCAGCCCACGACGGCGCCCCCCACCACCCCGGCGCCCCGCCCCACCGCAGCCCCGGAGCAGGAGGAAUCGGGCAACGAGGGCGAGGAGGAGAGCUCGGGCCAAAGGACGGUGCAGAGCGUGGUCAUCGGACCCUCCGGCCUGGGGACGGGCACGCUCACCAUCGGGCAGCCCGUCAGGAUCCCCCACUUGACGCGCAACCAGGAGGAGUAGGCGCUCUCAGGGAAGACUUUCCUGCGGUGCGCGUAGGGAAGAGCAAACUCGGCGUGGUGCAGAACUGAAGUGUUGGGGAAAUAACCUAUCAGCCAAAAAUAGUUAAGUAGUUAUUGUUGGCUGUGGAACCGAUAGUAAGAUACAGUCCCUUCUAUUUAUUAAUAGUGUUUGUUAUAGGAUCUGUGGUGUCCAAAGGCACAUAAAUAUAUAAUUAUUUUCUUUCACAUUGCAAAAUGAACGAAAGGCUUAGGAAAUUAGGUAAUAUAUAUUUCCGCAUACAAAAUCAAGUAUUUUUUUAAAGUAAAUUAUUUGUUGCUGUUAAAAUUAUCAUUAUAUAACAGCUUAUGUACAACUAUGUUUUUGCUGGGAUCAUUAUAGUUAUGAAUCAUCAACCAUA